ACACGAACUUACAAAAUAUUAUGCUGCAGAUAGAGUAGAGUCGUGGCUACAUUUUAGUAAAAAGAAAAAGUUUUCAUCUCUCUUAGGUCAGGAGCUAUUGAUAUUGUACGAAAAAGAGAUAAAUCGCCUAUAUCUCACGAACUAUCUAGUAAAAGUGGUCCAAACUUGGUGCGUGAUCAGCAUUCGAUAAGAGCUAUGCCCACACAAAAUUAGAAGUCUCUAGCUAUCAUGGUUCUUAAGUUACAGGAGGGGGGUCGGUACUUUUGACAAGUACUGUAUAUAUAUACUGAAGUGUCCUCUACAAAACUGGAUCUACGUAACAUCUUGAAACCUAUGGUUCGGGAGCUAUGGAUGUAUUUCUUAUAACCUUAGCAGUCCUCUGCUAUUAGGCUUGGGACUGCGGGAAAUGAAUGAAAACAUAGGUUAUCGGCUAUGCUGAAUCUUGUGGCAAUGUUAGAUUUCAGAAAAAAAUGCAGGAAUUGAGUAAAACCCUAUACUAGGUGAAAUAACCCAUUUUUGAUUAUUUACACCAAAAAUUAAAAAAUUCGUAACUAAGUUAAUAUCAUCAAACUAACUUCAAAAAUUUUCUUUUUAAGCAGUAUUAUUUUUCAUUGACUACUUGGAAAAAUCAUGCUAGUGUCAAUCAGAAUAUCAGAAAAUACUCUGUUUAAUCCGCUCAUUCUGAUUCUGUACGUAAAAUCAAUUCUUCCAUUAUCAUAUCAUAUUCUUUCAGUUUCGGAGGUUUCUGGGAAACCUUUCUAGAAACCAAAGUAUUUUCUGUUGGUUUUCUCAACAUUUAGCGAGCGUUACUGUAUGCUCUAGAUAAAACAGAGUAUUUUCUGACAUUCUGAAGUAGGUAGGAUGGAUUUUGGCUGAGUUAUGAAUUUUUUAAUUUUUGGUCUAAAUAAUCAAAAAUGGGUUAUUUCACUUAGUAUAGGAUUUUACUCAAUUCUUGCAUUUUUUUUCUGAAAUCUAACAUUGCCACAAGAUUCAGCAUAGCCGAUAACCUAUGUUUUCAUUCAUUUCCCGCAGUCCCAAGCCUAAUGGCAGAGGAGUGCUAAGGUUAUAAGAAAUACGUCCAUAGCUCCCGAACCAUAGGUUUCAAGAUGUCACGUAGAUCCAGUUUUGUAGAGGACACUUCAGUAUAUAUAUAUGCCCCAUAGAUCAAUAGAUUUCUAUUUGAAUUUCGGAAAAACUAAGCUAGUUUCUCAAUAAUUCGCUGGAAAACCAGCUUCGAAAAUUUUCCGAAAAUCGGCUUUGCUUGUGGAAAUAUAGUCUCAAGUUUUGUCUAUCGAAUGAUGAAAACCACAAGUCUCUAUCAUUAUUUGAUGCAAAGUUAUUAAAAGAUAACCACUGCUCUUGCACUGCUCUUGUGUUUUGGCUCAAUAAAGAAGAUCAAAAUCAGUCCACAGCGAACAACAGAUAUUAACACAUUUCUGUUCAGAACUUAAUACUAUGACCAAUAGUAUUAGCUUCUACUGCUCAAACUAUUUUUAUUCUAUUGCAUCAAAGAUGAUUUUAACAAAUUUCCACAGACACUAAUUGAAUUUCAAGAAGAACGUACCGCUGAAUGUGGUCAAAAUAUUACCGAUUCUUAUACAGGUGGUCCAGUUCAUUAUACGGGAGUUUAUGGAUGGAACGAAAUGAUCGUAGAAGAUGUUGACACAAAAGCAAAAAGAAAAGUUCUAAAAGUAAUAUGUAAAAUGCCACGAAUUACAAAAGUGAAUCAUUUUGUUAAUGCAUCACCAUUUCUCUUUAUCAAUCUUCCGUAUAAUACAAAGACAUUAUAUGGUUUACCACAAUAG